CUAUUUAACAAAAGCAAACAAAACAACACGUUACCACUUAGGCAACUAAAAGUGUGGGCUGUUCAUGAAGUAAUGGAGAUUUUUCUACGAAGAACCAAACUAGAGACCCAUGCUGGGAGUGGGAUUGUGAGCGAGGCAGGCGGAUGACAGGAAGCAGAGACAUGUCUGCAUUCACUGACAAGAGGAGGAAAAGAGAAGAGGAAAGAGUUCUGUGCAUUCGUACUCCCUCAUCACUCUCCACCUAUUGCUGCCUUCACCCCCCACCCCCACCACGGCCCCCCACCAUCUCUCCCCUCCCUCCCUUUUCCCAGUCCCCGGCUGGUCCCUCUCCUCUGAAAAAGCAUCUCGGAUGCCGUUCGAGUGCGGGCGCAGAUCGCUAUCGCCGUGACGGCAGCUUGCCCGUCCAAGUGCACACCGCUAGUCGGAGGUGGGGGGGAAAAACUGGACUGGACCGCGGUGUUCCGCAGAAGAGGCGGUCGAGGAGGUGGAGCCGGACAGAUGGACGGAGCUCGGGAGGGGGGAUACUGCUUGGUUGACCUGAAGGAGCUGAGCAGUUGCUCCGGAGAGGAGCUGCCUCAUGUGAUCGGUGUUACUUGUGCCCCGAAGACGCCUCGGGUGGAGUUCAGCCUCGCAUGCAAUGACCUGGUGACCCCAGACCGAGACAGGACACCCAACACGGUGGUCCACGUCGCUGUGGCAGACCCUCAUAAAGAUCACCUGGUCUCCCAUUCCUGCACGGAGAUAGUUGAGGCAAAUAAAGACCCGUGCUUUCUGACUGGGGUCACUUUCCCCUCGGACUGUACCGCCACGCCGGAGACGCUCGUCAAGCUUACUGUGUAUGAUGUAAAGGACAAACGGCAAGAAGUCGGCAGCUUCCUUGGCAGUGCCACAUUUUCGGUGGCCGAUCUGCUUCAGGCCAAAGAUGAACGCCUGUCCUUGAGUCUGAGGUCUGAUGGUGGCCGUGCAGCCGGAACAGUGGUGGUGAGUCGACUCAAGAUGGGCGAGAUGGAAGAAGCGGAGAAUAUCACUACCGACGUACCAUCCCAGAAGUGUCCCUUAGUGUGCGAGUCUGCAUCCUACAACUGUGUGGAGAGAGACCACCUCCUGACAGGACCAGUGUUCACCAACCCAGUAUGCAAAGUGUACAGGUUCCAAACCGUGGACAGCAAGUGGAUGCUGGUGCGCGAGCAAAUGGAGGAGUGCACGUUGUCUUUCAGCAUUCCCAAGCAACUGCUCUCGCUCUACAUGCAAGAGGACAUGAGCAGGGUGCAGGAUCUGAAGGAGCUGGGGGAACUUUCUCCACAUUGGGACAACUUGCGGAAGGAGGUGAUAACGCGAUACGGCGGCAUCAUCAGCUCCUACCAAGAGACGCUUGCUGAAAUGGAGAAAAUUACUGGUCCGUCCUUCAAGCAGAGCUGCUGCAAAGCCCAGAAAUCCCUGGAAUUCCUCCCAAUCAACCUGCACACUCAGAGAAUGAGAGUGACAUGCCCGAGAAAGACAGACGCGUCGUACGACAUCGUCACGGCGGGCGCCCCCGCCGCACACUUCCAGGGCUUCAAGGGCGGCGGUCUCCAGCGCCUCCUCAGCAGAUACGAAGCUGAGAAGAAAAGCUUCAGCACGGCCUACCAGUGCAUCUACUACUCGCCGGAGCACACGGCCAAAGCUCAGGAGGUUCUGAGCAGCGUCAGCCUCCUGCAGCCGCUCAUCAGCAGCUUAGCCGACCGACUGCUGCACGCCGCUCGCGAGCAGUCCUCUCCCGGCCUGAGGGAGGCGCUCAAGGACCUCUCCGACAAGACGGAGCAAUUUGUCCACACGCUCAAGGAUGAGUUGGUCAAAUGCGCCUUGUUAGCACUGCACGCCGCCCAGCCCGGCUACGUGUCCAAGAACCAGAAGGCCGGCGACCGGGACCUGAGUUCUGUCCGGGCGACGUCGCCCUCGCUCCCCGGCGACAACGGGGCUCCGUCGUGCAACAACGUCGACGGGACACAGGGCCUGAGGCGAGGAGAAGACUCCAUCCCCCACCACAAAGAGUACGAUGAGGAGGAAUGGGACAGAGUUUGGGCCAGUGUGGCCAAACGUCUAAACUGCGUCAUCGCCAUGGUGGACCAACUGGCCGAGCAGGACGCCCGCAGCAAGCAGGAGCGCGGCGGCGAGCAGCAACAACAGCUCGCCGACGUCAUCACCUCACACAACCCUGGCGACUGGCGGGAACAGCUGUGCCCCCUGGUGGCCAGGUUGAAGGAGUGCGUGACGCAGGUGGUGGACAAGGCCAAGCGCGCCGUCACCUUCGUGCUGCUGCAGGAAGCCGCCUGCAGCAUCCCGCAGGGAUUCCUGCUCCAGCAGAGGAGAGACGUCGUCUUCAGUCAGGCUCUGGCGGUGUUGGCGUGCGGUUUCGUCAUGCGGCUGUACGCGGGGAUGCAGGACAAAGGUUUCCUGAGGCAGCUCCACCUGGUCGGGCUGGUGGCCCAGUUCGAAAGCCUGCUCAGCACCUACAGCGAAGAGAUCGGCAUGCUGGAGGACAUGGAGGUGGGCGUGGCGGACCUCCAGAGGGUCGUGUUCAAGGUGACCCGGGCCCAGACGGAGCACCUCAGUGACCUUCAGCCUGUGGUGCGAGGCAGACGGGACCACUUCACUGUGGAGGUCCCGCUCCCAGGCCCCGCCUUCCAGAACAUGCCGGAAGAAAUCAAGGAAGGCCGACCUCUGCGCGUGUUCCCGGUACUCUUUAACGUGGGCAUCAACGAGCAGCAAACCAUCGCCGAAAGGUUUGGCGAUAUUUCCCUUCAGGAGAGGAUCAACCAGAAGAAUUUUGAGACGCUGGAGUGCUAUUACAAAACACUGAGCGAAAAGGUGCCACGUGAAUGUCUACCGUGUUUCCGCCAGACAGACAUCAAGGAACUACUUGAAACCCUGGGCCAGAAUGUAGUCACCAAGCGGAGGAAGAAUGUGGAGAUUCUGUGGAGCGCCGCGGCGAUUUGCCGACGUCUGAACGGUAUCAGGUUCACCAGCUGCAAAAGUGCCAAAGACCGAACGUCCAUGUCCGUCACGCUGGAGCAGUGCGCCCUGCUGCGUGACGAACACCAGCUCAGCAAGGACUUCUUCGUCCGGGCCCUGGACUGUAUGCGGAGUCGGCUGUCCCACGGGGAGUUGGGGUGCUGGGAGGACCCCGAGGCGGGCGCGGCGGCGGCGGCGGAGAGCAAACCGACGUCGCGUCACUUUUACCCCAUCGCCCUGCUGCUCGUCAGCUCCCACCUGCUGGUCGUCUGGCUCAUUUUAAGUCUGGUUUUUCUGCUGGCAAAGUAUCAAUAAAGCGGCUGACAACCACCAGGCCUUCGCUCGCUCUCUUCUGCGUCUGUGCUCACCCUUUCUCGAACUCUUCUUACCACUCGCACACACCCCAGAAACAUUCAGUAUAUUGUAUGAGAGUGCCUGAGCAAAAAUAUUUACAGAAGUACGAGUUGUGUGUGUGAGAGCGUUUAAGUCGUAGCGUGAGAGAAGCGUUGUAGCUGCUCGGCUAACCGACUUAGCGGCCACGCUAGCAGGAGGGGCGACGUUGCCAUCAUGUACAUUGAAAUGAAGUCGUCACUUGCUCAUUUCUCGACUGAUUUUGAUGUUUAGCGCGUAAGCGUGUGAUAUCGACGCAGAACGUUUGAAUCAAACAUUUUUAACUGCGGAAGGUAUUCCCAGUUCCCUUGUUGUGAUUCUACGCCAUUGUUGAGAAACCGCACGCAGCUCAAUGUGCGGGCAGCCUCGUUUUUAGCGUUUGAAUGGCGUCCGCAAAUUAAGUGCGCUGACGGAUUAUGUUUAUCGUCUCCAGAGACACGCAGCUGAAAAUUAGUGCGUCGUAUCUACUAAUGUUCAUUUCUAUGGUUCCAACUCAGGCCAAAACAAUUUUUUUAGCUUCCCCGCAUUACGGUUUGAGCAUCAAUAGCCGUGACGUUAUUGUUAGCAUUUGUUGAUUUUACACUGCAAAAAUAUUAAGAAUAAAUAAAUACAACGGAGGUUGAAGGAAUCAUUUCACGCCCUUUUCCAAUCAGGCCGAGUUAACCGGAUCGGCGACCUCCCAUUGCGGGGAAACUCCGUUUGAAGGUUUCACAGGUCGUGGCGCGGUGUCAAAAGACAAAUCAAUCAUUUUUGAUGACGCGACAAACGCGGGCAGGGCCGUAAACACAAUUGCGCUUUGGGAAAUGUGAGACGUUUGUGAUGCGAGUUUUCCCCCACCAAAGUGGACUUUGUGUUCUUGUAAAAUGAGAUUGUGCCAGCGCCGCACCCUCCAGGUGACGAAGCGCCUGCGCUGCUUGACGCUCGCUGCCUUCAUUCUGGACCGAGGACUUAGUUCACCUUACAAUGACAUUACUCGUAAAAUAUUUCAUGAGGACCGAUGGUGGAUUUACAGGUGUUCAAAGAUUAUUUUUUACUUUAUGAUAAAAUAAAAUAAUUAUACAAACUUUUCCCAUGUGGUUUUGGGGAUUUUGUAAGGUCCCCCCCAUCAUUAUAUUUAUGGCGA